AUGUUCUCCAAGCUUGCCAUCUUCGCCCUCCUUGCCGGCCUCGUUGCUGCUGCCGACUGCGAGCCGACCACCACGUCUCCUCCUCCCACCACGAGCACUACUCCUCCUCCUCCUCCUUCUGGCGUCGCCCUCCACCCCAACACUGCCAGCACCAAGUGCCUCGAUGUCCAGGGUGCUGUCUUCGCGAACGGUACCCCCGUCCAGGUUUACGACUGCAACGGAACCGGUGCCCAGAACAGCCCCGCCGACGGCACCAAGAUGAAGAUCUGGCAGUGCUACGACGGCCUCGCUGCUCAGCAGUGGUACUGGACUGGCGACAACCGCAUCGCCCUCACCAACCAGGGCUUCUGCCUCGACAACACUGGCGGCUCGACCUCCAACGGCAACCCCGUCCAGAUCUGUCGUGCGGUACUGGCAACAACAACCAGGUCUGGACCGCCGUCACCCCCAAGCGCCGCGCCGUUCGCUACUCGUCGUCCGAGGAGUAAACGACCUCGCUCCCCCCCCUCUCACGCUUCCUCUCCCUCGCCAAGGACGACAGCGUAUGGACACUUCUGGAUCUCCGAUCCAUGGACAAUGAUGCCCUAUAGUUGA